AGAGACAGCUUUUCCGCGGGCGUUCUAGCCUCGCGGAAAACUCUCACACACGCUGACUCGCUCCGCUUCCGGCCGGCCUCAAUUCCGCUUCCGGUCCGACUCUGGCGUCUUUGCUGAGGGUCACAUUGAGCUGCAAGGUGCUUCGGGGGUGUCUUUAGGACUCAGCACCAUGGCAGAAGACAUCAAGACCAAAAUCAAGAACUACCAGACUGCCCCUUUUGACAGCCGCUUCCCCAACCAGAACCAGACCAGGAACUGCUGGCAGAACUACCUGGACUUUCACCGCUGUGAGAAGGCGAUGACUGCUAAAGGGGGUGAUGUCUCCGUGUGUGAAUGGUACCGGCGUGUGUACAAGUCCCUCUGCCCCAUAUCCUGGGUGGCAGCCUGGGACGACCGCCGGGCGGAAGGCACGUUUCCUGGGAAGAUCUGAACUGGCUCCACCCACCUCUCCUCCGUACUCCAUCCUUCUCCUAGGGCAGUGAAGGGGGACCUGGGUACAUGGUGAUCCCCACCCUGGGAUCCUGAAGCAUGGCUUAACUAAUAAUAAAUACUCAUUGGAAAAGUGUAA